AUGGCAAAAUUAGUAACUUUAAAGGAUAAAUUGCUCAACAAAUUGGAAGAAAAUGAACCAGAGCUAGCCACUUCACCAGAAGAAGAAUGUGUAAUUUGUGUAAACGCGAAAGCGACGAUGCAAACGUCGCCAUGCGGCCACCGGGUGGUAUGUCGAAGAUGUUUCGUGAAGACCAUUCAGAUGGCGGUAAGCCAACGUUUGCUCCCAUUGCGCUGUGUCAUCUGCCGAGCCAAAAUCCUCCGUCUGCGGCAGGCGCCGAGACUGGUUUCCAGUAAAAGUUGGCAGAUAACCAGUGGAAGUGGAAAGUCCUGGGGAGUGCCGGGGUCUGUGUCAUCAUACUCGGUAGGCGCCCGUUCAGUGCCUGCCUCCGCAUCUCUCUACUCAGUCACCAGCGGUGAAUCAUCCUUAUCUGGAGUGUCGUCUGUAUCAUCGAAUAGCGGAGGCAAUGUGAGCAACAAUGGCUGUUCUACAAAGCUGUGUGGUGGUGCUAAAUGUGGUGGGGCGUGUUUGGGAGCAGUGCCCAGAGUGCCCGCCGCGUCUGCUCCACCGAGACCACGGCAGCCCGCUUCGAACUCUUUGCGGCGAUCUCAGCAUCAUAGCAUGAAGGCAAGAUUGCAAGAUUAUCAAGUACAUAGCUACACAGGUGGACCAGCUGGGGAACCUUCGGGGAGACUUCCGCCUAUUCGAGAGUUUCAAAGAGAAUUUCGUGAAGGUCGGCGAGAAAGUGCUGCUGCUGCAUCAGCCUCAACUAGAAUAAGGUGCGCUCAGAAAAUCGUUACACAACUAGAAACAUCUCCACAGAAAAAUAAACAGCAUUUUUUCCGACCACUAAAACCUACAAACAAAGAUGACCCCCCAAAAUCAAGAGAUCAUAGCAAAGAGACUGAUAAGAAAAAGGAAAACCCCAAAACAAAAGUCAAGAAAGAAGAGAAAAAAAAGAAAGAGACCGAUGAAAAUUCAAAACAAGGAGACAAAAACAAAAAGGAUGAAAGUAAUGAUAACAAAAAGAAUGAAAUUGCAGAGAGAAAAAAAGAAGAAAAAUUAAGACUUAAAGCGGAAAAAGAAGCUAAGAAAGAAGCUAAACUGCAGGCGAAAGAAGAAGAAAGGCAAGCAAAAUUACUCGCUAAGGAAGAAGAGAGACAGGCCAAGUUACUUGCAAAAGAAGAAAAGAAGAAAGCCAAGAAAGAGGCGAAACUGGCAGCACAGGCCGAGAAAGAAAAAAGUAAA